AUUUCACAAAUUUUCAAUUUGUUUGGUUGUGCGUUGUGUUGAAGGUGUGCUAAUAUGAGUAAGGAAGGUGCAGUUGGGUCGAGUAAAAAAGGAGAGAAUCGUCAUGACAAGCUACUCGCUCCCGGGGUCCCACUGGCUCAGGAUGAGCGGACUGAAAAGAAUCAACUGAGAAGCGGAAAAAGUGCGCCAAUAUAUGUUCAAGUCAAUAAGAAGAAAGCUACGAAACUAGCUCAGCCGGUUCCAGUAGCUCAGGAUAGGAAGAAGAAGAAGAAGCCGAGAAAAGUCCGCGACGAUGACACCCUUUCAGACAUUUCCGAUGAGAUGCCCCAAAGGGUAGCCCCUCUGGAAAUCCCGAAACCAUCCUAUACGGAUGAACAUCUCAAGUGGCUGAUCCUUUGGAAAAUUAUUGAUUCUUUGGAAUAUUAUAAAAAAGAUUUUGAAUAAAGCACAUUAGAUUCCC